GCUCGGAGCUGUGCAGGGACAGUUGAGCUGCGAUCCUCCGGCUUGUGUGGUGUUUGGAAGAAGCUGCAGCUCCUCAGCUGACUGAACAUUUCUCACCUCAUCACACUUUCACUCAAAAGACAGUCCCGCCUCCUGGGACCCUCCCUGGAAAAGUGUUUUUACCUUCUGGAUAUCUGCUGGUGCAGCCUGAGAAUGGAGAAGUACGAGAAGAUUGGAAAGAUCGGAGAGGGCUCCUACGGCGUCGUCUUCAAGUGCAGAAACAAAGACACUGGGCAGAUCGUGGCCAUCAAGAAGUUUGUGGAGUCAGAGGACGAUCCCAUCAUCAAAAAGAUUGCACUGAGGGAGAUCAGGAUGCUCAAGCAACUGAAACACGCCAACCUGGUGAAUCUGAUCGAGGUGUUCCGACGCAAACGGAAGCUUCACCUUGUGUUCGAGUACUGCGACCACACGGUCCUCAACGAGCUGGACCGCCAUCCCAGAGGCGUUCCCGAGCACCUUGUGAAGAGUAUAACCUGGCAGACUCUUCAAGCUGUAAACUUCUGUCACAAACAAAACUGCAUUCACCGAGACGUCAAGCCGGAAAAUAUUCUCAUCACCAAACACCAAGUCAUCAAACUCUGUGACUUUGGGUUUGCCAGGAUUCUCACUGGUCCAUGUGACUACUACACAGACUACGUGGCGACUCGUUGGUACCGGGCCCCUGAGCUGCUGGUGGGAGACACUCAGUAUGGCCCUCCGGUGGACGUGUGGGCGAUUGGUUGUGUGUUCGCUGAGCUGCUGUCAGGGAUCCCUCUGUGGCCCGGGAAGUCUGACAUGGACCAGCUUUACCUGAUCCGGAAGACUCUCGGAGAUCUGAUCCCUCGACACCAGCAGGUCUUCAGCAACAACCAGUUCUUCUGUGGAGUUUCCAUCCCGGAGCCACAAGAGAUGGAGCCGUUGGAGCAGAAAUAUCCAAAUCUUUCACAUCAAGCUCUGAGUCUCAUGAAGGGUUGUCUGAGGAUGGACCCGUCCGAGCGGCUGACCUGCGAGCAGCUUCUCCAACAUCCGUACUUCGACAGCCUGCGGGAAAAGAGCGAGAGCACCUCGCGAGAGCAUGACCGCUCCGGCAACAAGAGGACACGUUUACCUCGCAAACACCUUCCUCCAGGGUAUUUGCCACAGCUGACUGGCAGCAGCAUCUUUCCAGCUGUGGACAACAAGAGGUACUACAACAACCUGCGCAAGUUCAACUACCACCUACCGAACAUCUAAACUCACGAGCUGAAUUAAACACAGUCAAAGAAGCAGCAUUUUCUGGAGAAAAAAAACUCAACAAAAACUCAGGAAAUGAAGCCUGCUAGCACCUUGGUGUUUAAUGCAUUCAAGAAGAAUUCAAACACUUUUUAAAGUUUUUGGUCAUGACGUUGGGUGUCGGGUGUCUCUUGAUGUUGAUGUCAGUCUAUGCACUAUUUCCCAACAUGUGGACUCAAACAUGUUGGUUCAUGUAUGUUGCCUACGUUUCAAGCUGAUUUUGUUGUAUUUUGUAUAGAUGUGUAAAGACAAGGAGCGAUGUGCUGCUCUGCUGAUAGUCACUGAGUAGACUGAAGGUAAAACUACAACGUACUGCCUUGCCUGGUUUGCCAAAUGUAUUUUUUUUAUAUAUAGCGACGGACUCUGUAAGAGUGACAUGUUUU